GGGUGCUCGUCAACCAAUAUAUCGUUUUGUUGUGAUAUUUUAUUUAUCAUUGCUCCUAUACUUCCAUUUAUAAUCCGUGGUGGUUUACUCCAAACAGAGCUUCAAGAUGAGUAUGCGACCUGACGACCACCGUAGAAAGUGGGACAAAGAUGAAUUCGAGAAGAUCGCUUCAGAAAGGUUGAAAGCGGAGUUAGAGGAAGAGGAGCGUUCUAAAAAGAAAGCACCUCCAGUAAAAAGAGAGCUACUCAAGCAGCGUGAAUACAAAGUAGACUUGGACUCUAAAUUGGGCAAAAGUGUUGUCAUCAACAAGAACACCCCCACCUCCCAGUCAGGCGGCUACUACUGUAAUGUCUGUGACUGUGUGGUAAAGGACUCCAUCAACUUCCUGGACCACAUCAAUGGCAAGAAGCAUCAGCGGAAUCUUGGCAUGUCCAUGAAGAUUGAGAGGAGCUCACUGGAUCAGGUGAAAGCAAGAUUCGCAAGCAACAAACGCAAACUAGAAGAGAGGAUCCGGGAGUACGAACUGGACAGCCGGCUGCGCGAGGCGGCCGAGGAGGAGGCGCGCGUCAAGGAGCUGCGCCGCGAGCGCCGCCGCGAUAAGAAGCGCAAGCUGCAGGAGGGUGACGAGCCAGAGGAGGAGACCCCCGCGCAGUCCGAGCUCGCCCAGAUCAUGGGCUUCUCUGGCUUUGGCGGAUCUAAGAAAUAGUGCCAACUGCCAACACAUGCCAAAAGAUUUACACUAACACACACACACAAGUGUAUAAUAAGACCGCGAGGUAACCAAACACACAUAAGCGCGUUUUAUACUUUAACGACCACCUUCUAGAACAGGAGUUCCUAAAGUUUACUGGGCUGCGACCCGCCUGAACAAUUUCACCAUUUGGCAUAUAUAAAUGCAUAUAAUAUUCACUCGCGACCCAUAAUAGUUUGGGAAAUGCUGCUCUAGAACUCAGUUACCGAGAAUCGCCGUGUACGCUCCAUCUGAUAUUUAAGUGAUGUGUUGUAAUAUUGAUGUCAUAACAACUCAGAGGAAAGAGACCUAAUCCUAAGGCUUGUCGAUGCGAUGCACAUUUUAUUUGCCUCACUCUAUACCGGUCUCCUAAAAAAGGCGUGGAUUUGUUACUCCCUGCAACCUCUGUACCAGAUGUGUAAAGACGAUGACAACUUCGUGCUUCAAAUUUGACAGCCAAUGUAGAUGGCCCUGUACAGCUCCGAAGAUUAUGCGGUAACUGGUUGCCAAAAAUUGGUGUUGAUAUUUUCAGUUACCAAAAAACAUGGCGCCGUACAGUGCCAUCUUCAGCAGUCAAACUCGAAGACACAUUUUUUCUUACUAAGUAUAUACAUUUUUGACGAUAAUAAAAUAAGCAACCAAACCUACAGCGUUGCGUUGUCUAGUCACUGUCCAUUCAAAGCUAGACAUACUUAUUACAAUACUGUAAUAAUCUAACUACCAAUCCAGAUAUAAAAUGCAUUUGCAUUACCUUAUUACUUUCCAUGACCUGCAAAAUUUUAACUUUAUCGUGAAGUGGCGAAGUUUAAUUUGUAUGUAUUUACGAUAAAUAUUGUGGAUUUUACAUAUUACUUUAUAGCUAUAUUUGUAGCUUUAAUUAUAUUGAGUAAGUUAAUAA